UGGAUGGGUGAGAAGCUCAGGAGAAGAGUGGUUGGUAAUAAUUAGUGCGGUUUUUUUUUCUGUAAUGCUCAACUGAUCUCAUGCUCGUACACUAAAUAUAGACGAAUGUUUAUAUAAAUAGAUUGCGUUAUUUAUUAUCAUUCCACCAUUAUCAGCAGGAAAAAUAUACUAUCGGCCGUAGAGCCUGUAGCUGUGCGUUCUCGCUGUAUGGUAAUGAGUUCCGAGUUAUGUAUGUGCGCGCGUGAAAACUGGACACUCAUUGAGAUGGGUUUGGGAAUAUGAAAGGGAGGGACACCCAUCUUCCAUCUACCAUCGUCUGACAGCUUGUUAAACGGGACGGGGGACGUACGGGGAGGGGACGAUCGCGGUUUGUUGACCGUGGGCCCACCUGGGACGAGGAAAGUCCCAGAAACAGAGACCACGACGGUCAAGCCCCGUGACGGAUUACAUUUCUACGGUUACCAUCGGCCCAUUGUAACAAUGAGACGACCCUCAACCUCCACUAGGUGAACCCCGCACGUAGACAAUCCAAGAUGAACGUCUGCGAUCCCUACAGAGAGAUACAACUCUACUUGGAGAAGACUUUGGAUGAGAUAUCUGAAGUCUUCGAUCAGGAUAGACCUACCAAGAAUCUGUACUUCGACGAGAAUGCCUGGAGUCCGCCGAUAGAACAAAACUUCAACGACUAUUCCACCAAAGACACCAUCUUCGAUGAGUACACUGAUUCCGGAUUUGCAGAAGAGUACACACCGGAGAAGAUUCGUAUUAAGCUGCCCUGCAAACUCCUCAACGAAUCAAAUUCUACGACAACCACUGGUACCCAGACGUCGCCAUCGCAGAGCUCCACGAAUCUGACCUGCUGGUCGGAUUGCUCUUCCCCAUGCAUCACACCCAUCGACCAAGAGAUCAGCGGAGAUUGUGUGUCCGCAGAUGAAUUGGAUGAGCCCUUCUCCCAAGGCCUUCGACCCUUUUGGCCACAAGAGUUGUCAACGAAAUCCUCCUCGGCCCCGGUCCUGAAAAAGGCCACAACUAAGGUGAAUAAGCAAGCCCGAUCGCAGUCUGAUCGACACCUGUCUGAGAUCGAAGCAACAGAAGCGUGCAAAUGGUUAAGGGCCGCAGGCUUUCCUCAAUAUGCGCAGAUGUACGAAGACCAACAAUUUCCCGUGGACGUCAAUGCGGCAGAACUGGAUCACCCGAUGCUAGAACCUUCCGUUUUAAAAUCCCUUUUCCGAAGGCUUCACGCUCUCAACAAAUGUGCACGUGUCCAUCAACAGCGUGUCACCCAUACGGAUGAUUCCGAAGAUGAGCAAUGUGCUCUUAGCUACAAUUGGACCUAUCAAUCAGACCUAAGACGAUGGUCUCGCAUAGGACAAAACUUGGAGAUUCCUGGUAACAUAGAGGAAUGGAGCAGUGGCAUUUCAGCCGAGAAGCCUGAAUGCUCCGGCAUAUCUACGGAACCUACUAGAAGUCGCUUAAGACGUAUGGGAUCUACAAGACAUCAUCGCAGAAGUAACCGAGAUGUGGUUGUAAUGAGCGAAUCUGGUUCCAAUGUAUUGGAUUUUCUCUCAAAACAUUUUAACUCUAUGAGUUCCACUGAUGCAUCAGCUUGUGCUUCGGCUUCAGUUUCAAACUCAGAAGGAACUCUCGAUAAAAAGAAGAAAAGCAGGUCUUUGGACAAGAGUGAUGGUUGGUCGUAUUCCCCUCAUCACGAAAGGAUACCAUGGAAUCCAAUCACCCAUACCGAAGAAGAUGAUGAGAGUCGACUGGAUUUGGAAGAAGGCGGAAGACCAAUCUCGACACUUUCAUGCACGCAGCUGCAAGUACUAAGAAAACUAGCCUUGCUUAAGUUGACUGCACUCAUGGAGAAAUACUGUCCUACGCAUAGGACCGGAUGGAAUUGGGAUCUGCCAAAGUUGAUAAGAAAAAUUAAAACACCUGCAUACAAAGAUAAGAGUGUGUUUGGCGUGCCAUUAACAAUAAUCCUUCAAAGAACUGGAUCAUCUUUACCAAAGGGAAUAGAGGAAGCGCUGCAGUGGUUGCAGCAAAAUUCUUACGAUCAGGUUGGCUUGUUUAGGAAGUCAGGAGUAAAAUCUCGCAUACAGCAUUUGAAGAGUCUUAUUGAAACGCAAGGAGAAUUCCUCAAUUUUAGCGAGUACCACGCCUACGAUAUAGCUGACAUGGUCAAGCAAUAUUUCCGAGAUCUACCCGAAGCAUUAUUAACUAAUAAGUUAUCCGAGACAUUCUUGUUGAUAUUUCAAUUUGUCCCCGAUGAGGAAAGGCGUCAAGCAGUGCUUUGUGCCCUUCUACUAAUGCCUGACGAGCAUUGCGAAGUUUUGCUGGCUUUACUUAAAUUUUUAACUAACAUCGCGGAGCAUUCCGCUAUUAACCAAAUGAAUGAGAGCAACUUGGCGAUUUGUUUCGCUCCAUCUUUGUUCUUCUACAACAUUAUACCAUCUAAUAGACAAGGACUGGGAUCACCGCAUCCACGUGAAUUGGCCGAAAGCAAAGCGGCGCAGGAUUGCCUUCUGUAUUUUCUACAGAACUGCAAUAAUUUAUUUAGUAUUCCUAAAGAAAUACUGAAGCAGUGCACAUCGAACGAGAUGAAAGAAAGCAUCCCAGUCAUGUUAUCGGAUUUAGGAAGCGUAUGCGGAGGGUGGAGGGGUUACCUGGACGAGUGUCAGAAGAUGUUGCUGAGAGAAGUAAAGGAGAAAGGUUGGAUGAUGGUGCACAAUCAUUAUUCGAAGGUCGAAAUUGCCUACAAGAAAGUGACGGACGGUCAUCCGUUGAGAUUAUGGAAGAUCAGCGCCGACAUAGAGGCACCACCCGCAGAGGUCUUCUACAGGAUCCUAAGGGAACGACCCAAAUGGGACGAAGAAUUGCAUUCAACAAAAACCAUUGCUCAGAUCGAUAGGUGUGCGGAGGUGUUCCAAUACACGCUUCGCAAUGUCCCUCCUCUUCCUUUGAAGGAUUACUGCGUUGUACGAAGUUGGCGAACGGAUCUUGCGAAAGGUGCGUGCCUCAUCGUUGAAACCUCCGUUGAGCACUCUGACGCUAUCAACAUACCGAACAGCGUAAGAGGAAUAGUAUUAGCUUCGAGGUAUCUGAUUGAACCUUGCGGCUCUGGUAAAUCUAGAUUAGUCCACCUCUGCCGAGUUGACACAAGAGGAAGAAUGCCCGAGUGGUACCACAAAAACUACGGCCAUAUUUGCGCUCUGUAUGUGGCUAACAUACAGAGCUCAUUCAAACAGUUCGCAACAGGUCCGGAAAGCAAGGUCUAAACCAAAGAAAGAUUGUAAGAAAGAUGGUGCUUUUGAUGUUUCAAUCUCCCCCGUUACCAAUUCCUAAUAGCUAAAGAAAGGUGCCUUAUACGAGUAAUUAUUUAAUCUAUUCAUAUACUAUGCUUAUUGAUUUACUCCCGAGAUCAGGCUAUAUUUACAUGGAUAUUGUUAUUGGGCAAAUAUUCCUGACUCACGGAUUCUAUGGUUACAUUCUAAAAUAAUCUAUAUAAUUAACACAUUUAUUAUGUACUAGUCAUAUACAUCAACUCCAGACGUAUCUUAGAGAAUUAUAUAAAUACAUAUA